AUGUUGGCUCGUACUGCUGCUAUUCGUUCUCUAUCGAGAACCUUAAUUAACUCUACCAGAGCUGCAAGACCUGCUGCUGCUGCUUUGGCCUCCACCAGAAGACUAGCUUCUACCAAGGCUCAGCCAACAGAAGUUUCCUCCAUCUUGGAGGAAAGAAUUAAGGGCGUCUCCGACGAGGCCAAUUUGAAUGAAACAGGUAGAGUUCUUGCAGUCGGUGAUGGUAUUGCCCGUGUCUUUGGUUUGAACAACAUUCAAGCUGAAGAAUUGGUUGAGUUCUCCUCCGGUGUUAAAGGUAUGGCUUUGAACUUGGAACCAGGUCAAGUCGGUAUUGUUCUUUUCGGUUCCGAUAGACUGGUCAAAGAAGGUGAAUUGGUCAAGAGAACCGGUAACAUUGUUGAUGUUCCAGUCGGCCCAGGUCUUUUGGGUAGAGUCGUCGACGCUCUAGGUAACCCUAUCGAUGGUAAAGGUCCUAUUGACGCUGCCGGUCGUUCGAGAGCUCAAGUCAAAGCUCCAGGUAUCUUGCCAAGAAGAUCUGUCCAUGAGCCAGUCCAAACCGGUUUGAAAGCCGUUGACGCCUUGGUUCCUAUCGGUAGAGGUCAAAGAGAAUUGAUCAUUGGGGAUCGUCAAACAGGUAAGACCGCUGUCGCCUUGGACACCAUCCUAAAUCAAAAGAGAUGGAAUAACGGUAGUGACGAAUCUAAGAAGCUGUACUGUGUUUAUGUUGCCGUUGGACAAAAAAGAUCCACCGUUGCUCAAUUGGUCCAAACUUUAGAACAACAUGAUGCCAUGAAGUACUCUAUUAUUGUUGCAGCUACUGCAUCUGAAGCCGCUCCCCUACAAUACUUGGCUCCUUUUACCGCCGCAUCCAUUGGUGAAUGGUUCAGAGAUAAUGGAAAGCACGCUUUGAUCGUCUACGACGAUUUGUCGAAGCAAGCCGUGGCAUACCGUCAAUUAUCUUUGUUGUUGAGACGUCCUCCUGGUCGUGAAGCCUACCCUGGUGAUGUCUUUUACUUGCAUUCAAGAUUGCUGGAAAGAGCCGCUAAGCUGUCCGAAAAGGAAGGUUCUGGUUCUUUAACUGCCUUGCCCGUUAUUGAAACCCAAGGUGGUGAUGUCUCCGCUUAUAUUCCAACCAAUGUCAUUUCCAUUACUGAUGGGCAAAUUUUCUUGGAAGCUGAAUUAUUCUACAAGGGUAUCAGACCUGCUAUUAAUGUCGGUUUGUCCGUCUCUCGUGUCGGUUCUGCUGCCCAAGUUAAGGCUUUGAAGCAAGUUGCUGGUUCCUUGAAAUUGUUUUUAGCUCAAUACAGAGAAGUCGCUGCUUUUGCUCAAUUCGGUUCCGAUUUGGAUGCCUCCACCAAGCAAACUUUGGUCAGAGGUGAAAGAUUGACCCAAUUGUUGAAGCAAAAUCAAUAUUCUCCUUUGGCUACAGAGGAACAAGUUCCAUUGAUUUAUGCCGGUGUUAAUGGUCAUUUGGAUGGUAUUGAACUAUCAAGAAUUGGUGAAUUUGAAUCUUCUUUCUUGUCUUAUCUAAAAUCCAACCACAAUGAGCUUUUGACUGAAAUUAGAGAAAAGGGUGAAUUGUCUAAAGAAUUGUUGGCAUCUCUAAAGAGUGCUACCGAAUCCUUUGUUGCCACUUUUUAA